GCCAUCGCCCAGCAGGAGCCCUGUGCGCAUCCCAGAGCUCCGCUCUCCGCCGUGCCUUGCACUGAGUCUGCCCAACGAGAGGGACGUCUGCUGACCUCAUUCUAGAGAUGGCAGCUUACCCUGAGCCUGGGGACCUGAUCGAGAUCUUCCGGCCAGCUUACCAGCACUGGGCCCUCUACCUGGGGGAUGGGUACGUCAUCAACGUGACACCCAUAGAUGAAGGGCCCCCAGCCAUGUUUGCCAGCGCCAAGUCGGUGUUCAGCAGAAAGGCCCAGGUGAAGAUGCAGCUCCUGAAGGAGGUGGUGGGAAAGGACAGAUACCGCAUUAACAACAAACACGAUCGCACCUACACUCCCCUGCCGGUAGAGGAGAUCAUCUGUCGUGCCCAGAGGUUCAUUGGCCAGAAGGUGUCCUACGAUCUGCUCGGCAGCAACUGCGAGCACUUCGUGACCUUGCUCCGCUAUGGGGAGCCGGUCUCUGACCAGGCCAGCAAAGCAAUCACUACCAUUGGGGUUGUGACAGUUGCCGCUGGUGCCUUGUCCUUACUGGGCAUCCUCCACAGCAGAUCCAGAGAGAGACAGUACUGACAGCCCACCAGGAUCAGCUCAGAGCAGGGCAGGAGAAACCUGGACAGGUUGUGACCACAGCUGCCACUUGGACUUACUAACAACUGUCCACCUUGCUGAGAGCAGCACUAACCUGUUUGCCACAUCAGCUUUUAUUCUACUGCCUGUGAUGAUUUUUGUGGUAGGCUGGGAGCACUUGCAAGCAAGUUCUCCAUCCUGACAUGCACCCCCCUGCUCUGCUGAGGGCUGGUACAGGCUUUCUACACUCACCCUGGUUUUAUCAGCUACACCCUGUGGGCUUUUCUGGUGAAUAACCUGUUUUAACUUUGAUUUGUUUUGUAAUUCAAAAUUUAUAGGGCAAUAUUGCUGAGGGUUUAUCACAUUUCCUCCAGCUGAGGGUCUGUACAAAUGGAAAACCCCAGGUUCCCAGGCAUGCAGAAGGGUAGACAAGGUAAGCGGUGCCCAAACUGAGCUCCUCCUGUGAGAGCAGGAGAUAAGAAGGAAGGGCAGGUUUUACAGGCUGUGUCCCUUACUGAUUUAAGUGGUGGUGUUUUAAAUGAUAUUUUUUUGCUCAGUGGUGUUUUGCUCAGCAUUCUCCUGCCUGGAAAGUGUCCCUUUCCCUGGCUUCCCUGACCCUUUUGCCUGGGGAACAUCAGACAAAACCUCCCAGCUAGCUUUUUCUCUAGCUGCUGUGGCCACUGAAAUGUCCCUCUUCGUGCCUCAGAAGUGUGGUAGCUGAUGGGACUAUGCCUGAACAAAUUUAAUAGCUCACAGAAUUAUUCAGGUUGGAAAAGACACCUGGGAUUAUCAAGUCCAACCAUUGACCCUGCUCUACAAAGUUCACCCCUAAACCCUAUCUCCAAGCACCACAUCUAAACAACCUUUAAACACAUCCAGGGUUGGUGACCCAACCACCUCCCUGGGCAGCCUGUUCCAAGGUCUGACCACUCUUGCUGAUAAAAAAAUGCUUCUAAUG